AUGUGGUUUGGUGUGGUAGUGUGUUGGGGUUUGUUGUUUGGGGUGUUGUUGUGUGGGGGGGGGUUGGUUGUGAGGGGUUUGGAGAUUGAUGGGGGGGAUUAUGUGGGGGUUGGUUUGUUGGUUUGGGGGGGGGGUGGUUGGGGGGGGGGUAGGGGUGUGGGUUGGGGGUUAUUGGGGGUUGUGGGUGUUUGGGGGGGUGUGGGGGGGGUGGGGGGGGGGGAUUUGAUUUGGGGGAGGUGGGGUUGGUUGGGUGGGGGGGGGUUGGUUGUGGGAGUUGUGUUGUGUUGGGGUGGGGGUUUGUUGGGGUUGUUUGUUGGGGGGGGGGGGUUUGGGGUUGUGUAUGUGAUGGGUUGGGUGGGAUGGGGGUGGGUGGUGGGGGGGGGGGUUGGUGUUGGUUUGUUGGAUGAUGUUGUUGUUUUUUGUUGGUUUGUUGUUUUUUGUUGGGGGUUUAGAGGUAGGGGGGGGGGUGGUGUUGUGUGUUGGGUUGGGGGGUGUGGGUUGUGUUGUUGUGGGUUUGUGGUUGGGGGGGUUGGGGGGUGGUUGGUUGUGUUGGGGGGGGUGUUUUGGGGGGGGGGUUUGGGGUGUGGGGUUGGGUUGGUUUUGGGGGUGGGGUGUGGGGUGUGGUUUGUUGGGGGUUGGGUGGGGGGGGGGGUGGGUGGGUGGGUUGUUUUGUUGGGUUUUGGGUGGGGUUGGGUGGGUUGGGGGUGGGUGAUGGGUUUUUUUGGGGGUUUUGGUGGGGGGGUUUGGUGUUGGGAGGGGGGGGUGGUUUUUUGUGGGGUGUGUGGGGGUUGUGGGGGGUGGGGGGGGUGUGUUGGGGGUGUUUUGUGUUGUUGGUGUGUUUUGUGGGUGGGGGUGUUGGGUGGGUGUGGUUUGGGGUUGUGUGUGGGGUUGGGGGUUUUUGGGGUGGGUUGGGGGGGGGGGGGUGUGGUGUGUGGUGUGGGUGUGUUAGAUUAUGUUGGGGUGUGUGUUUGGUUUUUUUUUUUGAUGGGUUGUUUGUGGUUGGUUGGGGUGUGGUUUUGGGGGGUGUUGAUGGUGGGUGGGGUGUGUGGGUGGUGUAUUGGGGUGUGGGGGGGGGAGGUGUGUGUUGUGGUUUGGGGGGUGUGGGUGGUUUUGGGUUUGUGGGUGGGUUGGGGGGGUUGGUGGGGGGGGGUGGGGUGUGUUUGGUGGUUUAGUGGUAGGUGGGGAGUAGGGGGAUGGGGUUUGGGGGUGGGGGGGGGUGUGGGUUUUUGGGGUGUGUUUGUGUGGGGGUGGUUUGUUGUGGGUGUGUUGGGUGGUGGGUGGGUGGUGUGGGGUGGGUGGGGGUUGGGUUGGGUGGGGGGGUGGGGGGGGGGGUUGUGUGGUGGGGGGUGUUGGGGGUUGGGGGGGGGUGGUUGGUUUGUGGGUGGGUUGGGUGGGUGGUUGGUGGGGGGUGGGGGGGGGGGUUGGGGUUGGGGGUGUGGUGUGUUUGGUUGGGGGUGUGUGUUAGGGGGUUUGGGGGGUGUGGGUGUGGGGGGGGGGUUGUGGGUUUGUGGGGUGGGUGUUUGUGGUGGGUGGUGGGUGGGGGGGGUGUUGUUGGGUUGGGUGGGAUGGGUGGGUGGGGGGGGGGGGGGGGGUUUUGUGGUGUGGGGGUGGGGGUUGGGGGGGGGGGGGGGGGGGGGUGGGUUGGGUGUUGUUUGGGUGGGGGGGGGUGGGGGGGUGUGGGGGGGGGGGGGGGGGGUGGGGGGUGGUGGGGUGGUUUGGGGUGGGGGGUGGGUUGUGGGUUGGGGAGGUGGUGGGUUGGGGGGGUUUGGGUUGUGGUGGUUGGUGUUGUGUUGGGGUGGGGGGGUUUGUGGGUUGUGUGGGGUGUGUGUGUGGGUUUGUGUGUUGUGUGGUUGGGAUGGUGGGUUUGGUUUGUUGGGUGGGGGGGGGGUGGGGUGUUUGGUUGUGGGUUGUGGGUGUUGGGGUUUUGUUUUGGUGGUGUGGGUGUGUGUGGUGGGUUGUUGGGUGUUUUUUUGUUUGGGGGGGUUGGGGGGUUUGGGUGUUGGGGUUGGGGUUGUUGUGUGGGGUGGGUUGUGGUUUGGUGUGGUGGUGGUUGUUGUUGUUUGGGUUGUGGGGUGUAGGGGGGGGGUGGUGGGGGGUUUGUGUUGGGGGGGUGGGGGUGUGGUGGUGGGGUGUGGGGGGGGUGGUUGGGUGGGUGUUGGGGGGGUGGGUGGGUGGGGUGUAGGUUGUGUUGGGGGUGUGGUGGGUGGUGUUGGUUGGUUGGGUUGUGGGGUUGUGUUGGUUGGGGUUUGGGGGUUUGUGUUGGGGUGGGUUGUGUGGUUGGGGGUGGGGUUAUGUAGGGGGUGGAUGGUUUGUUGUUGUGGGGGUUUGGGUGGUGGUUUGGGUUUUGGUGGGUGUGGGGGGGGGUGUGUUGUUGUGUUGGGGGGGGGUUGUGGGUUGUGGUUUUUUGGGGGGGGGUGGGGUUUUUGUGGGUAUGUUUUUUUGGGUUUGGGGUUGUGGUUGUGGUGGUUGUUGUGGUGGGGGGGGGGGUGGGGGUUGUGGUGGGGGGUUUGGGGGGGUGUGGGGUUUUGGUUUGGUGGUUGUGGGUUUGGUUUGGGGUUUGGUGUUGUUGGUUGGGUUGUGUGUGUGGGGUGUGGGGGUGGUGUUUUUGGUGUGUGGGGUGGGGGGGGGGGGGUGGUUUGGUGGUUGGGGGGUGGGGGGUGUUGUUGUGUGUGUGUGUGUUUUGGGGUUGGGUGUUUGGUGUUGGGGUGGGUUGUUGGGGUGUGUGUGUGGUGGUGGUUGUGGGGGGGGGGGGGGGGGUGGGGGGGGGGGGUUUGUGUGGGGGUUUUGGGUGGGUGGGGGGUGGGGGGGGUGGGUUGGGGGUUUGUUGGGGGGGUGGUUGGGGGGGGGGGGGGGGGGGUUGGGGGGUGGGGGGUUGUGUUUUGUGGGGGGGUUGAUGGGGUGGGUGGGGGUGGGGGGGGGGGGGGGGGGGUGUUGGUGUGGGGGUGGGUGUGGGGGGUGGGUUGUGGGUUUGUGUUGUUGGUGUGGGGUUUGGGGUUGUGGGGGGGGGGGGGGUUGGGGGGGGGUGGGGUGUGGUUGGUGGUGGGGUGGGGGGGUGGGGGUUUGGGGUUUUGGUGUUUUUGUGUUGGGGUGUGGGGGUGUGUUGUUGGGGGUGGGUGGGUGGGGGGGGGGUGGGUUGUGGGUUUGUGGUGUUGGUUUGGUUUGUGGGUGUGUGGGUGUUGGGUGGGGGUGGUGGGGGGUGGGGGGGGUGGGGGUGGGGGGGGGGGGGGUUGUGGUGGGUGGGGGUGUGGGUGUUGGGUGGGGUUGGGGUGUUGGGGGGGUUUGGUUGUGGGUGGUGGGUGGGGGUUGGGUGUGGGGGGGGGGUGUGGGGGGGUGUUUUGGGGGGUGAUGUUGGGGGUGAGGGGUGUGGUGGGGUGGUGGGGGGGGUGGGGGGGGUGGGUGGGGGGGGGUGGGGGGGGGUGUGGGGUGUUGUGUUGUGGGGGGGGGGGGUGUUGGGGGGGGGGUGGGGGUGGGGGAGUUGGGGGGGUGGUUUUGGGGGUGGUUGGGUUUUUGUUUGUGUGGGGGUGGGGGGGGGGGGGGGUUUUGUGUUUUUGGGUUGUUUGGGGGGGGGGUUGUGGGGUGGGGUGGGUUGUUGUUUUUGGGGUGUUGUUUGUUUUUUUUUGUUUGUUUUAUUUUGGGGUUUGGGUUUUUGUGGAGGGUUUUGGUAUGGGUGGUGUGUGUUUGGUGGGAUUAAGUGUAGUUGGGUGGUUUUGGGUGGGGGGUUUGAAUAGGUUGGUGGUGUAG